AUGUCUGAUAAAAAAAGGAUUUAUCUCAGUGAUUAUGCAAAACGAAAAUUAAAGAAGGAGUCCGAAGAUGCACUAUUUAAUAAGUCAAAUAAUUCAAGUUUAAUUAAUCCUGGUUUUAACGACUGGAAAAAAUCUCACGAAAAAGUUAAAGAACACGAAAAUAGUGCAAUUCAUCGUAAAUCCAUGUUAACUUGGUUAGAUCGUGUAAACACUAAAAAUCGUAUAGACAAAACUAUGACGGAACAAAUGUUGAGUGAAAAAAAGUACUUUUCUAAUUAUGUAAUGCAGUUAAAUUUACCAAUAAUUUCUCCUCAAAAUUUACUUAUAUGUACAUGA